AUGUAUUAUAUAUAUGACUCGAAUACUUGUGAAAAUAUUUUCGGAGAAUCGAUUAAUUACGAAAUAUUGAAGCAUGAAAAUGGAACAUGUGCUGAAUAUCGUAUUAAACGUUCGACGAUAAGUGUACAACGAUGGCUUGUAUGGACAAUAAUAUUCACGUAUUUGGCUCUACUGUUUGGUUUACAUAAAAGAGAUGGUAGUCUAUUAGUUAUCUUUGCAGCAUUGUUAAUGGGUGGUGUUGUUCUUAAAGCAUAUUUGAGAGUUCGAAAAGAAUGUUUAACAAUUGGUACACAAAUUGGUGUUCAACUAACAACAACAUAUUUGAUUGGACGACAAACAACAACAUUUAUUAGUUAUAAUCGAAUUAAAGAUAUAUUUAUCAAUGAAGGUUUUAUUGCUCAACGAAUUAUAUUUUAUUUGGGACUUAUUAUUGAUGAUACAUCAAAAGAAACCGUUAUACUACUGUUUCCAUCCAUAAUGCCUCGUUUAGCAUUAUUAAAAAUAAUUUAUCAAAAUUUAUCAACAACUAUUAAUCAAUUUAGAAUUAGUUAA